AUGGGGAACCGCAGCGCUGCGGACGCGGGUGGGCUGCUGGUGGGGCGCGGGCCGGGCUCAGGGGCCCCGGUGACGGCUGCGGGGCUAGGGGGGCCGGGCGCGGCGGCGCUGGCGGGGGGCGUGCUGCUCAUUGGCGCGGUGCUAGCGGGGAACUCGCUAGUGUGCGUGAGCGUGGCCGCCGAGCGUGCCCUGCAGACGCCCACCAAUUACUUUAUCGUGAGCCUGGCUGCCGCUGACCUCUUACUCGCCCUCCUGGUGCUGCCGCUCUUCGUCUACUCCGAGGUGCAGGGCGGUGCGUGGCUGCUGAGCCCGGGCCUCUGCGACGCCCUCAUGGCCAUGGACGUCAUGCUGUGCACCGCCUCCAUCUUCAACUUGUGCGCCAUAAGCGUGGACAGGUUCGUGGCUGUGGCCGUGCCGCUGCGCUACAACCGCCAGGGUGGAGGCCGGCGACAGCUGCUCCUCAUUGGCGCCACGUGGAUGCUGUCCGCGGCGGUGGCGGCGCCCGUGCUGUGUGGCCUCAACGACGUGCGCGGCCGCGACCCCGCCGUGUGCCGCCUAGAGGACCGCGACUAUGUGGUCUAUUCGUCCGUGUGCUCCUUCUUCCUACCCUGCCCGCUCAUGCUGCUGCUCUACUGGGCCACCUUCCGCGGCCUGCGACGCUGGGAGGCGGCCCGGCGCGCCAAGCUGCACGGCCGCGCGCCCAGAAGGCCCAGCGGCCCCGGGCCCCCGGCCCCCGCUCCCGGAUCGCCCCAGGACCCCUGCGACCCCGACUGUCCGCCCCCGGCGCCGGGCCCUUCCCAGGACCCCUGCGACCCCGACUGUUCGCCCCCUGACGCCACCUUGGCCGCGACACUCCCGCCCCAGACCCAGCCGCAGGUCCCCAGGAGGCAGCGAGCCAAGAUCACCGGCCGGGAGCGCAAGGCCAUGAGGGUUCUGCCGGUGGUGGUCGGGGCCUUUCUGGUAUGCUGGACGCCCUUCUUCGUGGUGCACAUCACGCGGGCGCUGUGUCCCGCCUGCUCAGUACCCGCGCGGCUGGUCAGCGCCGUCACCUGGCUGGGCUACGUCAACAGCGCCCUCAACCCUGUCAUCUACACCGUCUUCAAUGCCGAGUUCCGACACGUCUUCCGCAAGGCCCUGCGGGUCUGCUGCUAG